UAUUUGGCAAGGAAUUCGAAGCAGUAGCCAAGGAAUAUUCCAGACUGCAUCAGGAAAUUGACACCAAAAAUGGGUCUCUGAAGGACUUCUCUCAGAACAAGGACUAACUGAGUUGGUGUCAGACAGUUCUGCCGCAGAUCUCUGACACCUUUGAUGGCAAGCUAACUUAUAUUAUUGUUUGUUUUUGUAAAAAAAUGUAUGAUUAGCCGGUGUUGUCUUGAAUGUUGUUCAUUCUGAUAAUAAUCACCCUGAUAUGAUACAACAAAUUCUAAAUUCAGACAUGAAGUCAGCUGGCCUAUUUGAAAAACCACGCCUGACACGAAUUUUCCACAGUCAGAAGGGAGAUUUUGCGCCUCUAGCGGGAAGAUAGUUUCUUGCGUCACCGACUGAUCUCAAAUCGAUGACGUGGUGCGGUUCGUCGACCGGACGAUAAGGAUGGCCGACCAGAGCAGGCAAAUCAAGCUCGCCGCAGCCAAGAAAAAGCUGAAGGAGUUUCAGCAGAAGAGUUCUCCUGCCAGUGGAGGAGAAGGAGGACCAGGGGCCAAGAAGACGAGGAAGGUGAAGGGAGGGAGCCAGCCAGACACACCCUCAGCUGACCGACACUCUCCAGACAAUAUUCAGGGUAUUCUGAAAGGUCUUAGUCAGACCAAUGGAUUAACUCUGCCUGCCUAUGGCAAAAGCCAGACCCACAUCCAUGGGGAGGUGAGGGGGUCCCCAGUUACCCAGCUACUGGAGGACCCAAACGGAGAGGCCGGCCGCGGCUCUCCUGUGUCUAACCCUGCUAGCUCUGCUACUAACCCUGAGUGUGCCAGCCAAUCCCACAACACUGACCUGCAGCAGAACUGCCCCCAUGACGGUAAUGAAAACCAUGCGGAUGAGAAUAGACCCCUGUCGUCCACAGAAAGCCUGCGACAGCUCUCACAGCAGCUCAACGGUCUUCUCUCUGGGUCAUCCACCACCUAUAUAAAUGGAGACAGUGCUCCCUCGCCAGCCAAUGAAAAAGAACUGGAGAGUCGAAACCAGGAGCUGGCAGCCGCACUGGACUCCAGCAACCUAACAAACAAUCAGCUCAAUACCAAGCUAGACCGGCUGACCGAGCACUCUCAGGCGCUCACAGAUCAGCUGCAAAAGGAGCGAAGAGAGUUUGAACAGAAGUGUGUGAAGGAGCAAGGAGCAAUGCGGGAACAGCUACAGGUCCACAUUCAGACCAUCGGCAUCCUGGUGUCAGAGAAAUCAGAGCUGCAGACCGCUCUGUCGUACACACAGCAGGCUGCCCGCCAGAAAACAGGGGAGGCUGAGGAGCUGAGUAACCGUCUCCAGGCCACCAAACAGAGAGUCUCUGAGCUGGAGAGAACCCUGUCCUCGGUCUCCACACAACAGAAACAGUUUGACAAGCAUAACAAAGAGUUAGAGAAAGAGAGAGACAACCUGAGGCUCGAGGUGUACAGACUAAAUAGUGUGAGUGAGGAGGGGAGGCAGCAGAGUUCAGAGCUGUCAGAGCAGCUCAAGCUGAGGGUGAGUGAGAACAACGCUAUGAGACUGGACCUGGAUGAACUGCGUAAGAGACUGGAGAUGACUGACGACAUGCUGCAACAGUUUUCCAGUCAGUCAGGGCCUCCCAGUGCCAACCAGCAGAUGCACUUACUACUGGAGGAGAAACUACAGAUUGAGGCACACACUGCUCAGUUAAUGGAGUCUGUGGCCCAGCUGCAGACAGAGAGAGACCGCUACGCUGUGCAGAUCCAGGAGGAGGGACAAGUAUGGAAGGACAAGACGGAGCAGCUGCUCUCUCAGGUGACACUAGUAGCAGAGGAGAGGGACAGGAGCAUUAGUCAGAUCCAGGAGCUUGAAGCCCAUAUCACAGAUCUGAAGCACACUGCAGCCCUUUUGUCUCAGGAGGGAGAGGCCCAGGCGGAGCCCCAGCCCUCGGGGCCCUCGGAGAGUGAAUUGGCCCUCCAGGAGGCCCUCGGCUGCCUGCAGCAGGAGAGAGACUCGCUCAACUCACAGUUCCAAGCCCAGCUGCGUGAUAACGAGCAGCUGAGUCGCAUGUGCUCUGAGCAGGAGUCCCGUCUCUCGGAGCUGGAGCGCCAUGCGGAGCGCGGGGCUGGGGAUGCAGAGGACCGCAGGCGCAUGCUGGAGGACGUGCAGAGUGACAAGGCCACCAUCAGCCGCGCCCUGGCCCAGAACCGCACCCUUAAAGACCAACUGGCUGAGCUGCAGAACGGCUUCGUCAAACUGACCAAUGAGAACAUGGAGCUGACCACUGCUCUGCAGUCAGAGCAUCACGUGAAGAAGGAGCUGGGACGCAGGAUGGGACAACUACAGGAGGACCUGCACAAUGUCAAGGAGCAGUUGGAUUUGAAGUCGCAGGAGUACCAGGCACUGCUGGAGCAGCGGGACCAGGUAGUGGCCCACCUACAGCAGUACUCUGCAGGCUAUACAGCCCUGGUGUCAGAGCGGGAGCAGCUCCACAGACAGUACCUGCAGCAGAGCCAGCUGAUGGACCGGCUGCAGCAUGACGAGACCCAGGGAAGGGUUCAGUUGGAGAUGAGCCACAAACAGCUGGAGCAAUACCAGGAGAGGCUGGAGCAGUUGUCCAGAGAUAACGAGCAGUUGAAGGCUGAAGUCACAGAGCUGCUCAACAGCUCAGCCCUUUCCACACUCCCCAGAAACCGGGGAGACGGAGGGGAGAGCCAAUCCCAGCAAGAGAGCCCACAGAAAUCCUCGAUCGCUAUCCCAGAAGACUUUGAGAGCCGCGAGGAGAUGGAGGAGUUUGUGCGCGGUGCGGUGGCGCGUGUGGAGGCAGAGCGAGAUGAGGUGAGGAGCAGACUGGAGGAGGAGAGGAGACUGCACUUCGCUGCCAGACACCAGGCUGCAGCACUCAGCAUGGAGCGCCACAGUCAUGACCACGACCACGGUCAGUGUCACGGUCACAGCCAUGAUGACCACAGUCACCUUGAACACACAGUCUCAGGUUCAGAGGGUGUACCAGUGGAGGUACAUGAGGCCUUGUAUGUUGCCAUGGAGAGGCUGCAGCAGCGCUUCACCUCUCUGAUGCAGGAGAAGGCUGACCUGAAGGAGAGGGUAGAGGAGCUGGAACACCGCUGUAUACAGCUGUCUGGAGAGACUGAUACUAUUGGAGAGUACAUCACCCUUUACCAGAACCAGAGAGCCAUCAUGAAGCAGAAACACACGGAGAAGGAGCAGUACAUCAGUAUGUUGGCCCAGGACAAAGAGGAGAUGAAGGCCAAACUGGCAGAGCUGCAGGACCUGGUGAUGAGGUUGGUGGGCGAGAGGAACGAGUGGUACAGCCGCUAUACUGGGGCGCUGGCUAGCGCUGCGGCUAACCCUGACCUGCUGCCAGCCGGAGAGGAGCAGAUCCAGGCUCACCACACACACAGAUGCAUGGAGCUCAACGCUGUGGAUGGACAAGAGUCUGCGGAUGUAAGGUCAGCCGUGAAGCCUGACUCCACCGACCCCCCUCACGGUGGCCCGUCAGACCAGGUCCAGGGGCUCCCCUCAGACUCCCAGGCUCUGAUGAGGCCCCAAGAGGACGGCACGACCAGGCAGAUCAUGCAGCUGCUCCAGGAGAUCCAAAACCCCCAGGGGCCCCGCUCCGUGCCCUUCCUGGGGGACAACCCCUGCGUCCCGUUCUUUUACCGGCCCGACGAGCAGGACGAAGUCAAGAUCCUGGUGGUCUGAUGAUGAUGAGACUGUGGAGCUACGUUGGAGGAUCUCUGAACAGAUAUACCAUUCCACCACGUCCCACUCUACUUAGGUCAUCUAGGAUUUACACGUACACACAGUUCUGGGUAUACUGUCUCUCACACACAUGCACACUCACUCACUCUACUUUCUGGGAGAGUUUGUUUCCUCUCCUUCCUUCUCACUCUUCCUUUUGAGUCCUUGGCUGGUCUCGCAUGCUGUUUUUUUUUCUUUUUUUUCAUUGCACUAACAGAGUGACUUAAGGAUGUGAACUCCUUGUGUGUGGCGGCUUUCCUCUCCUCGUCCACCUCUUCAUCCUCCUCCUUCGCAACCUCCUUACUUGCAGUGUGAAUGUUUUGUCUGCUCUGUCUCCUUUAAUUUGGUAUUUAAUACCGUUCGAUGAUUGGGAAGUAUUCCACCGGAUGCUAUUGAGAUUCUUCCUGUGAUUCUCUUGAUGGAGAGAUGUUUAUUCCUGCACAUUGAUCCCUCUGUUCACUAGCCUCCGUCUCUCUCCCCUUCUCUGCCAUUUGAACCAUAGGCGCAAUAAAGUAUCUCUGUCGCCUCUCCCUCAGUCAUUGUCUAUUAUAGGGAUCAAUGAGUGAGACGUUAGCCGGCAACAAUGGAAUACAUGGAACGGUAUCAAACACAUAGAACACAUAGAAAACCACAUGUUUGACUCUCAUUCCAUUCAUUCAAUUUCAGCUCUUACAAUGAGCAUGUCCUCCUAUAGCUCCUCCCACCAGUCUCCACUGGUACCCUUAUGUUAAAGCACUAACUGGAUCCCCAUUCACAAUGUGUCUGACUCUGGAGCAGAACUGAACUAGUCUGUCUGUGUGUUUGGUAGGAGAGACAGGCUGGGCUAGUCUGUCUGUGUGUUUGGUAGGAGAGACAGACAUGGCUUGGUUUUGGCGCGUCUCAAUUAAUCUCCUCGUCGCCUCUCCUCCAUGACCACUGAUCGGCGACAAGACUGACUCACUCAGACAAGUGGUCAUGAAUGGAGGAGUACCGUAUCGAGGCACAGCCCUUGGUAGCUGUUGGUAUGUUCUAUGGCAGUGGAGUGAGUGUGUUGUCCGAGUAGGACAGGAUGGCAGGUGGGGUAGAGCAGGGCAGGACGAGUUGGGUACAGUACAUGAAGGAGGUAAGAGGCCAGGCUCGAGCCUUGGCCUACCUGGGGCGGAAAUGAGUCAGGAAAGCAUUGGUAAAGACACUAGCAUUUGGAGUGAUGGGAGCAGUUUGCACUUUUCACUUUUAAGUAGGAUACGCCGUAGGACGUCAGGAAAGAGAGGAACUAGCAUGUAGACACAUGGCUGCUCACCCCAACAACCACCGUGUCUAUCCAUCCUCUUAUGUGGAAACACUGAAAUUUGAACAUAUGUAUGUACACUAGAGAUUUAUCUUUAUUUAUGCACACGAGCCAGUCAACUGAUUUUGUAAUUCCUCAAGUUUUCUCUGCGGUUAUUUAUUUGAGGCCCCGUUUCAUAGCACCAGUUGAUCAUCUCUUGUUUAUCAAUCUUUCAACUAUGUUGUGCUUGUUGCCCCUCAACAUAUCUCAUUUAUAAUUUAAGUCGCUCCCUUUGAGACUGGAUGAAGAUUGUGAGUCUGUUUGAUAAAUGAUUCAACCUUUAAUUGUAUCCUCAUGAUUUGAAUGGUAGUUGUCUCUUCUCUCUAAAGUUACAUGGGCUUUUGCUGUAGGUUAUUGCACUAAAAUUGUACAGAGCUUCUAAUCAAACCGUGUCCCAUCUCACUUACUUUUGGAAAGUAGCUUUUCAAUGGCAGAUCCAUUCUGACAUUUGGUUUCUAUACUUGGGAGCCCUAUGAUGUCAUCAUGUGCACUUUGGCACAUCGGGGCUCAGGGUUCCACGAAAGAAGACCGAGUGUGUGUUGAAGUGACCGAGAUAUUGUGUGUGGCGCGCGUGCGCAGUGUGCACUAGGAGGAUGUGUAGGCAUGUACAAAUGAAUAGAGGGUUGUAAUGAUUCCAGUAACACACGGCAUGGGCAACGGGGGUAAGCUCUGCUGUUUGAUUGACAGGUGCAGGAAGGUCCUCUGUUUUUAGAUAACCUUACAAUGAUGACUCAAGUAAAGAUAAAAUUGCCAUAGGCACAUCUCUGCCACCCCACAGUUUUUGGGGAAAUAUUUAGGAUAUUUUUGAAUUUUUAUGCUUCCAGUGUAUCUCUGACUGCCAAUAUCCACAUUUUGAUUUUUAUUCAAGAAUGGAAGUCUUUAAGCAUGUCAAAAACAGUCUGGAAAAAAGGUUUUGGUGAUGCUAUGUGAGGUGUAUUAAAUGAGAUAUAGAAAUGAGUGGUUCUGGAGAGAGUUUUCGUGUGUGUGUGUGUGUGUGUGUGUACCUAAACUGAACCAUGUCUACCCUGAAGCAAAGCACUUUUUGUAGUAGGACUUGACAUGAUUUCUGUUGACAGUGAUCCCAUCUGAAUAUUUAAAUUCCUGGCUUUCUUAGCAUUCUCUUUUCCUUUAGAGAGAACUUUUGUUUUGGGAGUGGUAAAACCAAGAGAAUAUUUUAGUCAUUUACAACUAUUGUUUUGAAGGUGGUGACGAGAGAGUAAAAGUAACAGGUGAAAUAGUUUUCCCACGCUUUCUAAUUCAAACUGUUCUUUUGAAUGAAUGUGUGGGAUUGAGCACAUGAUGAUUAAGAGACAGAGGUGAACUCCUGUUUUAAAUGGACUGUAUAUACUGUAACUGUGUAACAUAUUGUAUAUUCAUUCUGCCUGGUGUGUGGGAAUAAGUGUAAUGGCUGUUUGUAGUGUUGCUAACAGCCCAGAGGGCUUGUCUGUGUGUCUGUCUGAUCCAUUGUUGGCUUCAGGACACACACGGACAGCUGAAGUGAAGGGGUGGGGGUACCGUCUGUGAUUUAAUACAAAGGUUAAAAAAAAUCUAUUUAUUUGUAAUAAGUAUCGAAACUAAUCAGUUUUAAUGCAAUGUAGGAUCGUUGUGAGAGAACAAAAUGGCUUCCGGCAGUAUAUUUCUGAUGUGAUUUCUCCUGAUUAAAAGUGAUUGAGCAAAGCA